UUGUCUAACAUAACUUGUGAAAUCGAAAGUAGCAUGACUGAAGAUUAAUUAAGUGUACUGUUUUAUAAGAUGGCAAAUAAAGGAAUAUGUUUGUGUGAAGUUUGUCAGAGCAGUACUCCGAAAUACAAGUGUCCAAAAUGUGUCAUUAGAUAUUGUUCUCUCAGCUGCUACAAGAUUCAUAAAGAAAAUGUUUGCAGUCAGCUGUUACCUGACGAUGCUCAAGAUAAGAAACCAACUACCACAGAGUCACAUGAGGCACCAAAGAAAAUACCAGAAUUUGACCUUAAAGAGACAGAGGACAGAGUUCGACCCGAGACACUUCAAUGUUUAAGAGAGAACCCAGACCUCCUGCUGGCCCUGGAGAACCCCCACCUCCGGUCCCUGAUGACAAACCUGGUAUCCUCAAACAAUCCUUCAGAAGACAUGGAGAGGGUCAUGAGGGAACCCCUAUUUUUGGAAUUUUCUGACCAAUGUCUGAAGGUUGUAGACAAUAAUUCUCCGAUGAAGGUGCCAGAAGGCUGAUGGACACAGGAUAGAAUGUGUUUUGUGUAUAUAUAAUGAAAUCAUUAACUGGACCACGGACAGUAGUAUUAAACAGAAUAAGUUGAUUGAGUGGUUUGAUACCCGUAGCAGUUGUGUUUAAGCAGUCAUAUGUAAGCACAGCAUAAUUACUGUAGCAAACUAAAAAGACACAAAGUUAACAAUAACAUUUUCUUUAGAAAAGACUUGAAUUUGUGUAGAGCAUGUUUAGGGUAAGGACAACAAAUGUUGUGAAUUUAUUUGGCUCUCAGAGGGAUUGGGGGGGGGGGGUCAAAGGAUAAAAAAAUUAUGACAUUUUUAAUGUAGCAGACAAACUAUGUACAUUAUGAGGAGUAAGGAAGUUCAUGUAUAUACCAAAAUUGUAAAAAUCAUGACUCUGGCUCAGGAGUUCUGGCAAUCUGAUUAAGAUACAGGACUCUCAAAUAGCACACAGUAUUUUAAUCAGAUUGGGGUUCCGGUGCUAGGCUGGGGCUCUAUGGCUUAUAUAGUGGAAGAACACUGUUUGUUUUAAAGUUUUCAUUUGGACUCCUGAACAGCAAACAAACAGAAUGGAUGUCUGUACUAAAAUGUCUUUGAUAGAAUAGAUAUGUUUGUUAUGGAGAAGCACUGAAAGAAAUAAACAUCAUUUAAAUCAUAAA